UGCCUAGAUGACAAACGUACUGCGCACGACGUACUCUUGAUCGUUUCAUCACCUUUGCUCGGAGCUUUAGGGAAUUCUAUUCGCAUUGCAUACCAGCGUAUUUGGAGUUCACACAUCAUGUCUGUCACCAUCGAAAAGAUCUUGGCUGCUUCGCCCGCUACUCAGCGUGGCCAGCCGACACAGCUCUCCACAGACAACAAAGGAGAGCGCAUUGCUUACGCUGCCGGCAAAUCCAUCUUCCUCCGAUCCAUCGAUCACCCUUCCGUCUGCAAGCAGUACACCGGCCACACAGCGGCAACGAGCGUCGCCCGGUUCUCUCCCAGCGGCUUCUACGUCGCCAGUGGAGAUGUGUCUGGAUCCGUGAGAGUCUGGGACGCCGUCGAGGCCGAGAACACAAAGGGCGAAUACCACAUCAUCUCGGGGCGCAUUAACGAUAUUGGCUGGGACGGCGACUCCCAGCGCAUCAUCGCCGUGGGUGACGGCAAAGAGCGCUUCGGUCACUGCAUCACGGCCGACAGCGGCAACUCUGUCGGAGAGAUUAGCGGCCACUCCAAGGUCGUCAACUCAGUCGCGGUGCGGCAACAGCGCCCACUGCGGGCAGCAACCGUCUCUGAUGACAGCUCCCUGUGCUUCCUGCACGGUGCGCCUUUCAAGUUCAACUCGAAGAACGCCAACGCCCACAAGGGCUUCGUCUUUGGAACUGCCUUCUCGCCCGAUGGCAGCCAGCUCGUAACGGUCGGUGCCGACAGGCGCAUUCAGCUCUACGACGGAAAGACGGGCGAGCCUACAAAGUCGAUCGGCGAGGGAGAACACACUGGUAGCAUCUUUGCCGUUUCAUGGUCUCAGGAUGGCACCAAGUUUGUCACAGCAAGCGCCGACCAGUCUGUCAAGCUCUGGGAUGUGGAGUCAGGCAAGGCUACGCAGACGUGGAAGUUUGGAGACGGCGUCAGCAUCGGCGACCAGCAAGUCGGCGUAGUCUUCCCCCAUGGCAGAACCGACGGCCUGAUUAUAAGCUUGAACUUGAACGGCGACUUAAUCUACCUCAACGAGGGCAGCGAUAAGCCUAGCAAGAUUGUUCAGGGCCACAACAAGAGCAUCACGGCAUUGGGCGCGUCGUCUGAUGGCAAGGGGCAGACGCUCUGGAGCGGCAGCUUCGACGGGCGAGUUUGCCAGUGGGAUGUUGCGACUGGUACUGGCUCAGUGGUUGACGGACAAGCGCACACAAAUCAAGUCACUCAGUUCAGCGCCGAGGCGGGACAGACGUACAGUGUUGGAUGGGACGACCACCUGAGGAUAGUAGACGAGUCAGCCAACACGUUCGCGGGCGAGGCCCUCAAGCUUGCUGCGCAGCCCAAGGGUGUGGCGGCCACGGAUGGAAAGCUGUACGUGGCCACCAUUGAGGGUGUCGAUGUCUACCAAAAGGGUCAGCUUCUCUCCGAGAACCGCCUUGGAUUCACUCCUGGCGCUGUGGCUGCCUUCGGUUCGACGGUGGCUGUGGGAUCGGGCAACUCUGUCAAGAUCUACACUGCGGACGGGUCAGGCAAGCUCUCCGAGAUAAAGUCGGUUGACAAGUCGACGGCUCUUAUUUCUUGCCUGUCAUUCUCCAAGGAUGGCCAGUACCUCGCCGCAGGUAACCAGAUCGGCAAGAUCGUCGCCUACAAGACUGCCGACUGGGAAGUUGCGACGGACCGUUGGUCUGCGCACACGGCAAGGGUUACGUGCAUCAGCUGGAACGAUGCGGCAACGCACGCCGUCUCUGGAGCUCUUGAUACCAAUGUUUGCGUGUGGAGUCUGGCCAAGCCUGGUAGCCGAGUCAAGGCUCUCAACGCUCACAAGGAUGGUGUCAACGGUGUUGCGUGGGUUGAGGGUGGCAGCAAGAUUGCGAGUGCCGGAGGCGAUGCCGCGAUCAAGGUUUGGACCGUGGCUGGGCUGCAAUAG